AGCAAGCCAGGCCCCAGCUGAAAAAGAGCUGUUCGUCACCCCCAAACACAUAAGAACAAUCUCGCUGCCACUCAAUUAAAAUGAUUCUUCCCGGAACAGAGAAGAUGGUGAUGAAAAUAUUGAUCUUGUUUGUGCUUGGGAUGAACUACCCAUCUUGUGCAGGUUUCCCGGUGUACAACUAUGACUUGUCCUCCUUGAAGGAAGCCCUCCGUGCGUCUGUGGCAAAAGUGAAUUCCCAAUCCCUGAGCCCGUAUUUGUUUCGGGCAUUCAGAAGCUCCAUAAAAAGAGUCAAUGUUCUGGAUGAGGACAGCUUGAACAUGGACCUAGAGUUUGGCAUUCGGGAGACAACAUGCAGGAGAGAUUCUGGAGAAGACCCUGCUACGUGUGACUUCCAAAGGGGCUACUAUGCGUCUCCAGCUAUUUGCAGAAGCACGGUGCGGAUGUCUGCCGAACAGGUGCAGGGCGUGUGGGUUCGCUGCCACUGGUCCUCCAGCUCUGAGUCUAACAGCAGUGAAGAGAUGUUUUUGGGGGACAUACUGGGAUCCUCUAAAUGGAGAAACAACUACCUACUUGGUCUCAUUUCUGACAGAUCCAGAAGUGAAUUUUAUGAACGGUCACUUGAGAGCCCGAGAGGGAUCUUUCCUCCUGGGAAUCGAGGGUACCGGAACAGGUGGCACAGACUUCAAGAAUAAACACUGGCUUUGAAUAAUAGCUUCAAGCAAAAUACACUGGAAAGAAUAGAAGUGCCAGAGAAGAAAGAUGCUUCAUGAAUUGUGUGAUUUUUCUUUUGAUGGGUUCCAGUCCUUAAUAAAUGCUUUACUCUUCCUCUU